GUGAUUACAAGAAAAUAACAAAAAGACCAAGAAGCUGCUGAGAAGGUCAGAAUAUUAUUAUUACUGAAUAAUACAGAAAAAAAAUAUAUAUAAUUUAUUGUUGUAACCGUUUAUUUAUUUUUCUGUUUAGUAUGUUUACAUUUCUGUUGUUGCUGUGUUUGGUGGGAUCUAUCUACACUCAGGAGUCUGGUAAGUUAAAAAACAAACUGAGGUAAAAUUUGUAAUGGUAAAUGUUUUAUUAUUUUAUUACUUUGCUGUUUAUUGACUUAAAAUUUGCCUUCAGGGGAUAAUGUUCAGGAAGACUAUGACAUCCAAAAUAAUAUAGAACCCUUCCCUCUAAGUGAUGCCACAUCUGAGGACCAUCUGGAGGAUUCUCUGACUUCUGAUAAAAACACAAUUGGUGAUAAAUGUACAUCCUACAAAUUUUAUAACCAUCAUCUUACUUUUAGUGCUGCUCAGGUUGGUGUUUUCAUUUGUUUGUGUUCAUUUCACACAUUUUCAGUGGAUUGCUUUUUUAUUUGCAUCUAUGUAAAUAUAUAUGCCUCUUGCCUGUGAUUGGCUGAGGAUGAGCUACUUUCAUCUAUAAUCAUAGACAUGUGUCGCAAAUAUAAUUUCGCUUUGUAGAGCUUCUGAUGAUGCCUGGAUCACAAAACAAAUCAUUAUUACUAUUUUAUUUUUAAACAUUUGUACGCAGCAAAUAACUAUUGAAAUUAAUUAAAUUGAUGUCUGUGGUUUAAGGGUACAUAACCGGCAUUAACUUGUCAGGGCAUAAUUAUAUCCUUGAUUCACUCAUUCAUUAAUUUUAGAUAUAUCAUAUAAAGGGAGUUUAUUUAAGUAGUGCCUAAAUGUUUAAAUGCUUAAAAAAAUAAAGUUGUACGUUGCAUCUUUGGAUAUAAUGUGUCACUAUUCUUGCUCAAUCCAAUACAUUCUAAUCCUGGGUAUAUCUCUAUCUACAUUGUGUUCCAUAGGGAAUCUGUAAACGGUAUGGUGGGAAUCUCUGUUCAAUUCACAGCGCAAGGACCAACCGUUGUGUUUCGAAUCUGGUGAGGAGAGCAAACAGAAGUGUAACAUUGGUCUGGAUUGGUGUGAGGAACUAUGGAGGAGUAAGUAAAAUUUUAUUCCAUCUUUAACAUAUUAAAUUAUUUUAGCAUAAGAGCAUUUUUUUUCUUUGAAACUGUUUGUUUCACAUACUAUUGGAGAUUAUUAGAAUUAAUACGGUUUGUCCUGUGCAGAAAAAUACUGACUUGUACUCGUUGCAAUCAAUUUUUUGCAAUUGUUGCACAGUUUUUAUGUACAGUGAGGGAUAAAAAUUUAUUUGAUCCCCUGCCGAUUUUGAACGUUUGCCCACAGACAAAGAAAUGAUCAGAAUAUAAUUUUAAUGCUAGGUAUAUUUUAACAGUGAGAGACAGAAUAACAAAAAAAUUCCAGAAAAACGCAUGUCAAAAGUUAUUCUGUCUCUCACUGUUAAAAUACACCUACCAUUAAAAUUAUAGACUGGUCAUUUCUUUGUCAGUGGGCAAACGUUCAAAAUCAACAGGGGAUCAAAAACGUUUUUCCCUUACUGUACAUGCUCUUCUCACUCCUACAAAACUACCAGAUUUGCCCCAAUUGGACUGCUCUAAUUUGGUUCAAAUAUUGAUUUAAUUCAAAUUAAUUUUACUAUAUUGUUCAGGUCAAUAUGUGUUAUAGCUGUGUAUUUAUCAAACUAGUCCAAAAAAAAAAUAAUCAACAUUUUCAUAGCAGUUGUCAUAUUCCCAGAGACCUGGCAUCAGUGUACAGCUCACCAGCCAAGUCUAUUAGCCUAUCAUAUAAUUUAUCAGACCAGCACUUACAAACUCCUUUUACAGAUUUUUAUAUACAUAUGCUCGAUCUCCUUAACAAACAUUUAACUUAACACACGCUCACACUACGACAGAGGCACACUUAUUUACAUACACUUUUACACUAAAUUACACACACUGACACACAGUAAAUAACACACACAUACUCAAUAAUUUACACACAAUCACACUAAAUUGUUAUCACACUUAUUUACAUACACUUAUGAUAAAUUACACACACACAGUAAAUAACAUACAUACACACUCACUAAUUUACAGUCACACUAAAUAUCUAACUUAUUUACACACACACACUCACACUGAAUUACAUACAUACACACACUAGUCGACCUAGUAGAGACUAUGUCUCUAUAUAGUACUGGAUGUUCUAAAAUUUAUUUUUGCCCUUUUAGGCCAUUAACUUUGAAUACAUUUUAGGAAAGAACAAUUUUAGGUGUGCAGGUUGCAUAAUUUUUUUUGUUGCAAUUCUUUUCAGAAUUCUCCAUUCAGAAAUGUAGAUGGCACUCGACUGGACUACACCAACUGGGGAUGUGGGCUAUCUUCCAGUAUUAGUAGGUGCGCUGCCCUCAAUAUUCACAGUAAGUGAAAAAAGGUCUUGGCCUUGCUUUAGUUUUUAGCUAUUAGUAUAAAAACACUAAAAUUUAAAUUCUUCGGUCCUAUUACUAUAACAGUAUAAGUAUACGGACACAAGUAUCUGCUGCUACCUGCUGCGUGCAAUGUAGUUAUUGUGGAAUCAAUUGAAUGCAACCUUAACUAGGGCCUCUGUAUAAAUUUUCUGUAAAAAUAGAGCUGGUCUCUGUCGAUUGAGUAAUUACUGUCGUCGAUGUCUUACACUCAGCUACCAAACACUGUUUAUAAUAAAAUGGCCUGAAUCUGAAAACGUGUAUCAUUUUUCUGCACUCAUACAGUUAUCACUUUGCUCUCUGUUAAUGAAAUAUGAGUUGACCUUGUUAUUCACACAUUUGUGGAAGACAUGUACACUUUAAAAGUGAUUCGUAAUCAUUGUGUCUCACACAGCAUCGCCAAAAUCUUUUCCAAGUAGGAUAACACUCUGUGAUAGAUUACAGAGAAUACCAGGUGAAGGGUACACAUGUAUGGAUCUUCUAUCCACCUAGCUCUGGUGAUAUGUUUUUUUAUGAGUUAAAGCACAAAUUAAGAAAAUUGAUACAUGCUGCAAUAUAAUAUGCUCUAAUAGAUACUGCAAAACCCCUUCUCCUAAUAUUUUUCUUUUUUAUAGCUGGUCGAUGGCAUACUUUCCAUUGUGGGAUACGUCUUCCAUUUGUUUGCAACUACUAGCAAUUUGGUUAACCUGCAACCUGCAACACCUCUUUAUGGGCAUUCCAGACCCAGCUUAAUGUGCAUUUUUAAACAUAUUUUCAAUAAAGUUUGCAGCAAAAUAUGUAUAAUGUGCUUUGUGUGUAUUGUAUAAUGUUGAGUAUUUUAAUUUCCUGUUGAUAUUAAUAUAAAAUCUAAAAAGGAG